AUGGCAAAACUGCUGGCCACAUUUAAAGCCACGGUGACGAGAAUUCUGUUCGCCGCGCACGGGUUUAUUGCGAUCUGGCAGGUGACGCAAAACAAAAAGGAUCCCAUCUACUGGAGCCUGUGUGCGCCCAUCGGGGUGCUGUUCAUUGAAGGCAUCUUUACGCUGGCGAUCAAAAAGAACCAAGAAUGGCGCUGGUUCUGCCCGUCGGUAUUUCUGUACCUGUCCAGCAUCGUGCCGGCCAUAUGGCUGCUGGAGCUGGACAAGCUAGACAAGCGGACGCGCUACCAGGAUCAGAUGCUGAACGAAACGAUCAACCUGGCCGCCACGGUCGGCAAGGACCUGAAGGAUCUGAACAAGAUGCUCGGCGUCAAGAUCCAGUUGCCGGACAUCCAGCUGACGGCCGAGAUGUGGGUCACGCUGAUCGAGCAGUUCCUCAUGCUGGUCCUCAUCAUCGGCCGCUGGAUGCUACCGAAGGGUGACCUAACCCGGGACCAGCUCAGCCAGCUGCUGCUCGUGUAUAUCGGGACGGCCGCCGACAUUAUCGAGUUUUUCGACUCGUUCAAGGACGCGAAGAUAGCGAACGAACCGGUGCUGGUGCUGCUGACGCUGAGCAUUUGGUCCUGGUCGCUGCUGCAGUUCACCAUCGUCCUUUCGGCAACGCGCGCCCGGAAGCCGAGGGGUGGCGGAAGUGGAGCACGUGGGAGCGCUCAGGACGCGGCCGACGAUGCCAACUGCUGCAACGUGGCGUGCUGCAACAUCGACGUUUGGGGCAUAGCGCUCAACAUCCUCCUACAGGACGCGCCAUUUCUCACCUUCCGUCUGCUCAUCAUCGUGCACUACAAAAUCAUCACGUACAUGAACAUCUUCUUCACCUGUAAAAAUACGCUCGUUAUCCUACUUCAGCUUUAUCGGCUGUACGUGGUUAAUUCGGAGAAUCGAAAAGCGGCUGCCACGAAGCAGCGGCUGAAGGCGAGAGGCAAGGUGGAACAACCGACGGUCGGGGCACGUCACCAGAAGCAGCGCAAAAUAAGCAGAAGAAAAGUGGCCGACAUCGUCGACGAUGAUCUGGACGAGGGCAAGAAGUCAAAUUCCAAGCAUUCGAGGAAACACCGGUCGUCCUCGUCCCGCAAGGACACUGGCUACUCGACGGCCAGCAGUCAGACGACGGCCGAGCAGCGGCGUUUGCGGAAGACGCCCAGGUCACGGGCCGGGGCUGAGUCGGAUGGGGGGGACGAUCCCUGCCCGCCAUCACCGCCACCUCCGCCACCGCCGGCCAGUGGUGGCGACACGGACACCGAAAAACCACUCGAGCGCCGGCCGAAGGAGUCGAAGGACAGGAAAUCGGCCCGUCAUCCCGAUGGAAAAUCGGGCGGAAGCGGACGGAAGAAGCAGCCCCCAGCACCACCAAUCGACAGCGAUCGAAGCGACGACGAAAUCGAAGCGAAGGCGCGCCACAAGCAGCGGAAACGGGCGCGAAACGGAACAUCCGAGACGGCCGGGUUUGAGAUAAUCCACGAGAAGAGUGCCACCGGCAGCCGGAAAAAGAAAUCGAAACCACCGACGGCCGAACCGAGCGAAACGGGCAGCUCGUCUUCCGGCAGCUCCACGCAGUCCUCGGCCAGCUCCACGGGUUCGUCAUCCGGCACGGAAUGA